AUGGAUCCUGAGUUGCAAAAACCUCUGCUGAAGCGAAAGGGGCAGGCGCAGGCAGGAGCCGGCCACGACAACAGCCUCGCAGGACAGAGCCAGACGGAUUUGGUGGACCGUCUCGUCGCAGACUAUUCGUUGCAGCCGCCGCCAAGAUGCCUUCAAUGCCUGGAGGCGAGCAAGUGGCUACUGCAGCUAGCGGCUCUGAUUCUCAGGGUCUUGGCACCUGUCGUCAUGUGGCUCUGCACGGUGAUGUACCACAUUUACAGGGUCAUCCCGAAGGAAGAGCUGAAGGUCCUGUAUGGGUUGGCUCUUUGCUUUUUCGGCGGUGAGUUCUGUGCGUCCAUCGCAGCGAUUGAGUGCUUCCGACGCACAGGGGGUGACAAGCUGCUAAUCUGCCUCCAGGACCUGGGGACCAACAUCCAAGUGGCAAAUAAAGCAUCGCUGGAGGAUGAUAAGGCAUCGGGCCUCGACCUCUCCACCCUCACGCCGAAGGAGUUUUACCGGCACAAGGCCGGCGUGGUCUUGAAGGCUGUUGAUCCCGAUGUCCUCGUCAAGGCGCUUGCCGGUCUUUACCAAGGCUUCCUCGGAAUGCUCAUGUCCUUGAAGUUCAAGUUCGCCUGGACUGUUGCCCUGGCCUGCUCAAUUGCCGAUCGCCUGCGCAAGCCCGUUGCGAUUGUUGCCGGGGCCUUGCCUGUUGCCAAUUGGGCGACACAAGAGGUGCAGGGGUGGGCAAGCUUCAUCGGAUUCAAAGCUUACUUGCGGUCUCGUGGGUUCUCCACCAGGGCCUUCCUUGAGGUGCAACAGUGCCGCAGCAGCGUCGUGGCCAGCAGCGUCGUGGCGUCGCGGCCACGACCACGAAGACCACAGGGCAUCCCAGUGAAAGGAAACGGGUGUUCGCCGAUUCAAGAGGCGAAUUGGUAUGCCUGGUUGGCAAGCAGCCUGAAACGCGGCCGCACGUUCGAAGAGGUUCACCUGCGCGACUUUCCCGACCCUGAUGAGGCGAAGCGUGAGAUAUGGUUGAAAUUCCUGAAAGAGGAUCUUGCAGUCGGACCCGAUACGGUACUUGUGGGGCAUUCCAGUGGUGCCCAAGCAGCCAUGCGAUUGGCAGAGCAAGAGGUCGUUGGUGGUCUGGUGCUUGUGGCUGCCUGUCAUAGUGAUUUGGGUGAUGCGGGCGAGCGUGCCUCAGGAUACUACCCUCCGAGUGGAGGGCCGUGGAACUGGGCCGCCAUCAGAAGAAACACCGGCUGGAUUGUCCAAUUUCAUUCCGAAGAUGAUCCCCUAGUUCCUGUGUCAGAAGGGCGUGCAGUGGCGCAGGAGAUUCAAAGUGAGUACAUCGAGUUGAAUGGGCGCUCCCAUUUCUUUGAGCCCUGUGAGGAACUCUUGCAGGUCACCCCGGUGUUGGUGAUGCUGCUGCCCAAGGACUACCACAAGUGGAUCAACCAGAUCAUCAACCUCUCGCUAAAGGCCUUUGCCGUGCACCUGGCCUGGAAGUUGCAGGAGGUCAUCAGUGCGGUGCAGAGUGGCCUGCUAGGUGCCAGCUUGGUGGGCGCCGGUGUCAUCAUGAUCACGGUCCAAGGCUUCUCCUGGGCCUCUGGCGGGAGAUGCUGCAAGAAGAAGUUCAACCCAGACGAGAGCAUCAUCGACGAGCUGGUCGGUCUUCCGCUGGCUGCUGCGGGCAUCUGGUUUCAGCUCAAGCAUGGCUUCAGCUUGCCGUUUCCUUACAACCUCGCUUUGUUGCCACUCUCGAUUGUGGAGACAGUGCUUCGCUUGAUGGUCACCUGGUUUCCAGUGCAGGAGACAGCGUUCCCGGCCCACAGGUGA